AUGCCCCACCAAAACUGCGAACGGCAAUCGAGGUGUAAAAUCCUUGUAACUCUCUUCCAUUUCCUACUCGUAAUCGCCCUUCUCGGUAUCAAAUUGCCCACAGUGAAUGCUGUGCCAACAGUUGGAGAAGAUGCAGCCACUGGGGCAGCGUUACCAGCAGGCAAUGAAGAAAAGCGCAACUGGCAAGCGCUUCAGGGUCCAUGGGGUAAGCGUGCUGCACACUACGGUACUCCCCUAAUGCCUGAGACAAUCGAACAGGAGGAAGAUGAACGUUUAGCGCUUUUGAUAAGUAACGGUGAACGCGAAGAGCCAUUUCUCAAGUACUCCAUGAUGUAUCUAACCAAUGCCGGUACGCUGGAUCGCUUGUUGAACGACAGGCAACAGGAAGAGCAAAAUGGUCUAAGGUAUAAUGAUGAUCUCUUAACCUCGAUUGAGGAAAAUGAAGGCUUUACCAACAACAACAACAAUAAUGAUGAUAACGCACUGCUGACGGAGAAACGCGCUUGGAAUAAAAUGAAUGCUGCCUGGGGUAAGAGACGUAAUGCGCCCACAUGGAAUAAAUUCAGAGGUGCCUGGGGUAAGCGCGAACCUGGCUGGAAUAAUCUCAAAGGCAUGUGGGGCAAACGUGCGUCGAAGGAUUGGGGGAAAUUGCAUGGUGGCUGGGGCAAGCGUGCUUUGAACUAAAUACAUGGGAUUGCACCGAAGUCAAUUUAGGCGUUAACCCUCUAAAAAUGUAUGCAGUUGAAAUGGAAUGACAAAUUUUGAAUAAAAAAAAAAACUUAAAAAAUAUAAAACAAAACUUAUGAAAUGUAAACUUAUAUUAGCCUAUUGUAAAUUUUAACCUAUCAACUACAUACAUGUGUACUUUGUAAAAUUAUUUCUCAUAUGUAUAAAAUAGUAAUAAUUCAU